UUGAAACCAAAUUGUAUAUAUCAUAAACUGUCCUAACCCUUAAUCUAAUAUCUUGACACUCAUCGAUAUUCUACCAAGAAAGCUUUUACCAAAUCUAAGUUGAUAACAUGGAAACCAUUCUGAGCAAACAUCCGAUAGCGUUCAUACUCGUGAGUUUUUUUGUGCUCUUUGGAGCAGAGAGGGCGUGGCGCUACGUGGACAAGUUCGGGGUGUUGCGAGAGGUGGAGAUAAUUCACCCAGGGGAGUGCAAGAUUCUUGAAGGCGACUACCAAGGGUCAGAGGACCUCACUUUGGGACCAGGAGGAUCCGUCAUUGCUUCCACAGGAGGUUUAAAUGCGGUCAAAUUCAAAACUCCGCAUCUCUACAAGGGUGAUAAGCUCAUCAAAAUAACUGGCACUAAAGUCGAAAAUCUGGAGCUUCUAAACUUCAAGGAAGAAUUUGUUCCACACGGGAUCGAUCUGAUGCAAGUCAAGAAAAAUGAGUGGCUCGUUUUUGUCGUCAACCAUCGGAGUGACCAAGAUUACGUUGAGAUGUUCGAUUGGACUCUUUCGAAUGGUCUGAAGCUGAAACACUACAAAUCAGUGAGUGUGUCUGACCUUGGAAUCCAGGGUAACGUUAAUGACGUUACGAUCAUUUCACGUCACUCAUUUUACGUAUCAAAUGACAAGUUCUACAACGCUGCUGUCGGAAGAACCGGUCAUUACUUGGGCAUUCCGUUUUGUAAAAUAGUCUUCUGGAAUAAUGGAAAUGCUACUGAUGUUUCAACUGGGUAUGUGGAACCUAAUGGAAUAGCGAGAUCCCCUUCUGGUGACAGACUGUUUUUCACUGACCCAAUGUCCGACGCUUUUUACGAAUUUGAAAUCAAUAAAAAAGACGGAAGUUUGAAACUAGUUGAUACUUUGAUCUUGCCGACGAGUCCGGACAACAUUAAUGUCAUUUCAGAAAACGAAGUUCUGAUUGGCUGUCAUGUUAGACUUCAUGAUUUGUUCAUCUACUUCGCAGACACCGAAAAACUUCGCUCACCAUCUCACGUGAUCAGAGUCAAGAGAAAUGAUAGAAAUAGUGCAUGGGGCUUUGAAACUGUUUUCAUGGACGAUGGAUCUCUGAUUAGUGGUUCUAGCGCAGGAGCUUUUACUGCUGAUGGAAAUACACUUUAUGUUGGAACUGUAGUGGAAAAAAUUGCAUUUUGUAGAUAUACUACAGCUCAGAUGUAAAAUAAAAAUUCAAGAAAUAUAGCCAAAAUAUUGCGUAAUAUUCUUAUUAUUAACAAAUUAAAUUUUGAAACAUUUUGUUAACGAAU